AUGGUGGCGGCGAUAUUGACCAUGAGAACAGGAACUUCCGAUUUUUUCACACAAAAACUCUUCCCUCUAAACAUCAUCACCACCAACACAAAACCUCGCAUUCAACGCACCUCUUCCUAUUAUUUCUUUCAACCAUAUCAAAUGGCUGAACCCCCACGAACCGAUAAUACACCCGCGCCGCACCCGAUCCAACCCAAACCUAACUCCACCGUCGAGAAGAAGGAGAUUCCUCCUCCGCCGGAGAAACCCGAUCCCGGUGAUUGUUGUGGUAGCGGAUGCGUCAGAUGUGUUUGGGAUGUUUAUUAUGAUGAGCUUGAAGAAUAUAAUAAGCUUUAUAAAGAUAAAGAUCUAGAUUCUAAUCCCAAAUCAAAACCCUGA